GUCUAUAUAAGCGGGCAUGGAAACCAAGUAACACUUCAAAGGUCUAUAAGAAUUUAAGUUGCACACAUUGAGUUCAUCAUGAAGGAGGAAACGGAGAAAAUACACCUCAUCUCAAAACUAAAAGAGGACAGGCAGCCCUCAAAGGGAAGACAACUUAUUGUGCUAAUGGCUUGCAUGUACAUGCACUUUAUGUCGCUAGGUUUCACCGUGUCUCUUGGUGUAAUCUAUGUGGAACUUAUCAGAUACUUCGACACGCAAAGAUCCCUUGCAGCUCUAGUUCAGAGUAUGUACCAAGGUCUGACCAAUUUGGGUGGGUUGUUCUUCGCUGGGACAAUACAUUCACAUGGCGUCGGAAAAGCUACAAUACUUGCUUCGGUAUCUGGAGCAGUUUCGUUAUUUAUGAGUUCUUUUUCAGUGAACAUAUACAUGGUUAUAAUUCUAAUUGGACUAUUCGGUGGGCUGGCGAUGAGCGUUAACUAUCUGAGUGCCUUUAUUGCCGUGGGCUGGGCAUUCACAAAACACCGUCGAACAGCGCUGGCUUUGCUUACAAUGGCUACUGCAGUUGGUCAAACUGCUCUUCCUAAUAUAGUGGAACUCAUUAUAUCAGAGUACGGAUGGAGUGGUGCUAUCAUCAUAGCCAGUGGGUUAGUGCUGAACAGUUUACCAUGCGGGCUUAUACUAUAUUCAUCCGAAAGCUAUUUUACCAGACACAAACACGUUGGUGAAACCGAAAAGUUACCAUUCUGUACCUGUCAAUCAAGAGUGGAUGUUGCAUUUACCCUGUUCAUGGUGGUAUGCGCCGUGUUUCCUGGAACAGGCGCGGUUGAAAGCUGGUUCAUAGUCGAUCUGACAGAUCUUCGCGGAUAUGGACGUCAAGCAGGUACCGUGCUCCUCUCUCUAGUCGGCCUCUUUGGACUCAUUGGCAGAAUGGGCGGGACCCUUCUAUUAAAGAUAAGACCAUCAACCCGUGCAGCGAUUCCAUUAGGUGUGUCCUUUGCGUUCUUUGCACUUGGCCAUUUCACUGUGAUAUAUUUUGUGAAGUAUAGCACUAUGCUUGCGGGUGUCAUUUUCAGAGGAAUUUCCGUUGGGUUCAUCAUGUGCAUCCAACCUGGAAUGUUGCUAGAAUUAAAAGGCAUUGACAGGUUUCCGAAGGCAGUGGCGUUGAGUAACUUCCUCAGUGGUAGCGUGCAGAUAGCAUGUGGGUACAUGGGAGGUUACAUCGCUGACCUCACUGGAGGGUAUGAAAUAGCGUUCUACAUUGCAACAGUUGUCGCUGUAGGAUGUAGUGCGUGCCUGUUCAUAAUUCAAGCAUUACUUUACCGUGUGACUCAAACCAUUGGUGUAGCACCUUAGUCUGGUAUCAUAAUUCAAACUUGUUAUAUUUUAUGAUUGAACAUUGGUAAACAACAUAGGACUAAAAUAAUAUAGGCGUUAACUACCAGAGGAUCUAUUUCCAUAAUAGUGCAAGCAAAUGAACAUAGUCAGCGUACCGUCUGCUUGAUAACCCAGUAUGUAUUCACUGGUUACUUUUAGGUUCCUUGAAGAUGGGCGCAUAUAUGUAUAUUUUAUGUUUU